GGAUAUGAUAUGUAAGAUAUUUGAUAAAACAACACAAGAAGCCAAAACCACGAGGAGGAGAGAAUCAUCAUCAUGAAAGAGAACAAGAAGACGAUGACGAAGCAGAUGACGGCGAGACGUGACGACACGCCGUUACACACGGCGGUUAGAGAAGGCAACACGGAGCUUCUUUUGGAGUUGAUCGGCGAACACGACGGCGUCGAGCUGAAAGAGCUGUUGGCUGAGCAAAACCAGUCCGGUGAGACGGCUUUAUACGUUGCGGCGGAGUACGGCCACACCGACAUGGUUAAGAUUCUGAUGAAACACUCCGACUCUGUCUUAGCCGGAACCAAAGCCAAGAACGGCUUCGACGCCUUUCACAUCGCCGCCAAGAACGGAAACCUACAGAUUCUUCAUGUGUUAAUAGAGGCGAACCCUGAACUCUCAUUUACAUUUGAUUCAUCCAAGACGACGGCGCUUCACACGGCUGCUUCCCAAGGCCACAGAGAGAUUGUUUGUUUCCUGUUGGAUAAAGGUGUGGACUUAGCUGCUAUCGCGAGGAGCAACGGUAAAACCGCUCUGCACUCUGCCGCUAGGAACGGGCACACAGUGAUUGUGAAUGAGCUGAUUGAAAAGAAGGCUGGAAUGGUUACAAGAGUCGACAAGAAAGGUCAAACCGCGCUUCAUAUGGCGGUUAAAGGACAAAACAGUGAGAUCGUCGAUGCGUUGAUGAAAGCAGAUCCUUCGUUGAUCAAUGCCGCGGAUAACAAAGGAAACACUCCUUUGCAUAUAGGCGUCCGUAAAAACAGAGUAGAGAUUGUUCAGACCGCUUUAAAAUAUUGUGAAGUCAGUAGAGUGGCGGUUAAUAAAUCAGGAGAAACGGCUCUUGAUAUCGCUGAGAAAACCGGGCUGCAGGAUAUUGUACCGCUUCUGCAAAAGAUCGGUAUGCAGAAUGCAAGAUCCAUCAAGCCAGCUGAAAAAGUGGAACCAUCAGGCUCUUCUAGGAAACUGAAAGAAACAGUUAGUGAAAUAGGCCAUGAGGUGCAUACUCAGCUUGAACAAACCGGGAGAACGAGAAGAGAGAUCCAAGGAAUCGCUAAACGGGUCAACAAAAUGCACACGGAAGGACUCAACAACGCGAUAAACUCCACUACCUUAGUUGCCAUCCUCAUAGCAACCGUAGCAUUUGCAGCCAUCUUUAACGUUCCAGGCCAGUUCACGGAUGACCCGAACAACGUUCCUCCAGGAUAUUCACUCGGAGAAGCGAGAGCAGCCCCGAGAACCGAGUUCUUGAUAUUCGUGGUGUUUGAUUCUUUCGCGCUUUUCAUCUCUUUAGCAGUGGUUGUGGUUCAGACAUCAGUGGUGGUUAUAGAGAGGAAAGCAAAGAAGCAAAUGAUGGCGAUAAUAAACAAACUCAUGUGGAUGGCUUGCAUUAUGAUAUCAGUAGCGUUCGUAUCUCUGUCUUUUGUUGUUGUUGGAAAGAAAGAGAAGCCUUUAGCGAUUGGUGUAACCGCCAUUGGAGCUUUGAUCAUGGUCUCAACACUUGGAACUAUGUGUUAUUGGGUGAUUGCUAACCGUAUUGAAGGCUCAAAAUCGUCUCCAUCGUCAAUGAUGUCAGAUCCUGAGCUAGCUGAUUCCAAACAUAACCGGAGACUUUAUGCAGUAUAAUUGAAAAGUGAAACAGAGCAUUUAGAAAUCAUUGAAGAACAGAGAGAUUUUUGUAUCCAGGAAAUAAAAGAGAUCUCUGUUAUAUAUGUAAGUAAGUUGGAAAAUAGUAUAUAUUUCAUUUGUAUAAGCGUUUACAUGAUACUUCUAGAGAGAAAGGUUGCAUUGUAUCA